UGUCUGGGAUAUGUUAAGCUCGCUCCGGAGUUUCGAGCGGCAGAGAGCAAUGUCGUUUGAAAAAAACAUCCUGUCUGACCCUACAAGUGAUGGGAAUAUCUCCACGAAUGGUCAGGUAUCAGAGCGGCCAUCUAGUUCUGUGUAUAGUUACGAAGCAUUCGACAGCACGACUCCAGUGAACUUUGCUUCAGAUCAGGGAAAUUUCACACAAACAUGUCCAACUUGCGGUGGAUCUGGAAAACUAACAAAAGAGCAAGAACAUGACUUAGUAGCACUUAUUCCUGUGAGAGACAGACGACUCAAGCCAAGAAGAACUAUUCUUUACCUUGUCCUAGCAGUCUUCCUUUGCCUGGCAAUCUGCGCAGUGGUUGGGGUGAUUUUCUUCCCGAGAACUGUUUCAAUCAAAUUAGUUGGUGCAUCACCGAAAAAUAUUAGCAUCCCAAGCUCAAACUAUUCAGAUCCUGUUAUCAUAAUAAAUAGCACUAUUUUAGUCAACAAUUCCAACUUUUUUGAGGCAAGCUUGGAUCACAUCAACAUUCAAGUCAACUGGAAUAAAUAUGUUGUAGCCGACCCAGACAUUCUAGAGAAGAUAAAAGUGCCAGCACGGUCAAGUCUUAAUCACACAUUUAUUGUGGAAACAAGGUACAGUGGUAAAGAAGCAGACAAAAUAAAGAGAGUUUGCUGUGGCUGGUCAUACAAUUUGGCUUUCCUCAUAACAGUAACAGCUAAAACUCAUUCACUGACUUCAUCUUCAGAAGCAUCUGAUACUCAGCUGGAGUUUGUCAACUGUGAAUUGAAUGGUAUAAAAUGGAGGAAAACUUGCGGAUAG